AAAAAUCAGAUGGAGGGGUUUGGAAAGCGGGUUAGAGGGUGAGGGACUGAAAUGAGGAGAGGAGGGGGGAAAAAACAAUAACAACAGCAAGGGAUUAGCCAUUGACCGAGCAAUCAGGAGGACCAUUUAGGACAAUGCAGCGUUAAAAAUCCUCCCAGACUUUAGUCGUGAUCGUCAGAGCUGAGUUGCCAGUCCGAUUGGACAGCUGCUCAACAUCACACAAAGGAAUGAUGAAAUAAAACCGCAAAAAAUGAAAAAGAGCUCCUGGAUGAUUUUUUUCUCCCAGCUAAUGCUGCUUUAUUUUACCGUUGAUGCGUAAGAUAAGGUAAGCUGACUGGAGUGAUGCCUGGGGCACCAGCACACAAAACCGAAGAGAGAGAGAGGGUUCAGUGGAUGUGAAGAGCAUGCGUCAGCACUAAGGCUGGGGCGAUGAGAACAGUGGCGAGAGAGACGGUGACAGCAGCGAUGAGCGAGGUGGAGAGUGAGGUAGAGCGAGAGAGAGAUUGAGGCUAGAGGUCAUUACCGCAGCGAGAGAUGGGACGACAGAAAUAGAGCCUGCUGGAUUUGUCACCUCUGAUGCCACACCUUGGCUGCAUCAACCCAACACUCCAUCCUGACUGCACGAGGUCCACAGAAGAACCAUAAAUGUCUAUGAGGACAAUAAAGAGCAUUCAGAAAUGGGAUGGAUCCACUUUGCCUCUUAUCUGAAGAUUCACAGAACUGACAUGUAAAAAGGACAAACUGUUUCCGCCAAAAAGUGGACUGCCUUUUAUUGUACUCUAGAUGAGUUCUUUUUUGCACACAGCCGUGAGGAAAUUUGGACUAUGUUCAAUCCGGAUGAAGAAUUUCUGUCCACACCCUGUCAGAGGAAUGAUUUAGUAAAUACUAAAACCCAUUUCCAUACAGAUACUUUCCAUUUAUUCACUGUUUCUUCAGUGAACACAGACAAGUAUGUUACUACCAUGGAAAGCUGACUCAAGCUAAAGGAGAUGGACAAUGAAGGUGCAAGGACUGAAUGUAGCAACAACAGCCUGGCUAACUGAAUCAUAACAGAUAUAGUGGGCCUGUGAAAUAAACGUGCAUGUGUAAAUGACAUGCAGGAUACUCGUCUUCCUAAUGAGAGCACAAACCUUGAAGCGGGCACACUGACCGACUGACUGACUGACUGACUAAGUGCGUGGGCUGUUCAGUGACGGGAGCGGUGGCUGUUGGAGGAUUUAAGGACACGUAGCCCGGGGCAGGUACCGGCCGGGUGUGGGAACGCUCACCAUGGGGGAGACGGCAGAAUACCAGAGGCUACAGGACACGUCAGAGUCUGAUUACCAACACCUACCCAGCGACGAUGAAGAGAAACUGGGUAGUGGCAUGCAUUGCGAAGAAGGCACCGAAUGGCUGCUGGAGCUGCUGAUGGAGGUGCAGCUGCAGCAGUACUUCCUGCGUAUCCGGGAUGAACUCAACGUCACGCGGCUGUCGCACUUCGACUAUGUCAAGAAUGAAGACCUGGAGAAGAUCGGCAUGGGCCGACCAGGGCAAAGACGACUGUGGGAAGCUGUGAAAAGGAGGAAAGCAAUGUGCAAGCGCAAGUCCUGGAUGAGCAAGGUGUUUAGCGGAAAGCGUCCAGAUGGAGGAGACUUCCCCCAGCAGGGCCAACCGGCGUCCUCCUUCCGAAAGCUGUCUCCCACACCUCCCCUGGGUCUAGGGGAGGGAGUCCUGGCUGCACAGCCUGGUGGUAGCGCUCCGCUCGAUGGGCAACAGGCUCUGACCUGCCUCAUCCCCGAGAAGGAUCUGACGCUGUUUGAGAAACUCGGAGACGGCUCAUUUGGUGUGGUGAAAAGAGGAGAGUGGCUUACACCAGCAGGAAAAGUGCUGAACGUAGCUGUGAAGUGUCUGAAAACCGAUGUGCUCAGCCAGCCUGAUGCUCUGGAGGAUUUCAUCUGUGAGGUCAACGCUAUGCACUCCCUGGACCACCAGAACCUCAUUCGCCUCUACGGUGUGGUGCUCACACACCCUAUGAAGAUGGUGACGGAGCUGGCUCCUCUGGGUUCCCUGCUGGAGCGUUUGAGAUGUGUUCGUCCACAAGGCCCAGUGUUGAUCCACACUCUGUGUCAGUAUGCUGUGCAGGUGGCCUGUGGCAUGGCCUACCUGGAGCAGAGAAGGUUCAUCCAUAGGGACCUGGCAGCCAGGAACAUCCUGCUGGCCUCAGCUCACAGAGUGAAGAUUGGAGACUUUGGCCUGAUGAGGGCGCUGCCUAACAACCAUGAGCACUAUGUCAUGCAGGAGCAUCGCAAGGUUCCCUUUGCAUGGUGUGCUCCUGAAAGUCUGAAGACCAGAACAUUUUCUCAUGCAACAGACACAUGGAUGUUUGGAGUCACUCUGUGGGAGAUGUUCACGCAUGGCCAGGAACCUUGGUUAGGUCUGAAUGGGAGCCAGAUUCUGCAUAAGAUUGACAAAGAAGGUGAGCGGCUGCCUAAGCCUGAGGACUGUCCACAGGAUAUUUAUAAUGUGAUGCUGCAGUGCUGGGCUCAAAAACCAGAUGACAGACCUACCUUUGUUGCUCUGCGAGAGUUCCUACUUGAGACCAUGCCUACAGACAUGUGCGCUCUGCAGGACUUUGAAGAAGCUGACAAACUCCUGAUCCAGAUGAAUGAUGUCAUCACCAUCAUAGAGGGGAGGGCAGAGAACUAUUGGUGGCGAGGUCAGAACAAGCGGACUCAAAAAGUUGGCCAGUUCCCCAGAAAUGUGGUAACAGCAGUCGCUGGUUUAUCAGCUCAUGACAUUAGCCGGCCACUGAAAAACAGCUUCAUUCACACCGGCCACGGAGACACCAACCCUCAUCGCUGCUGGGGCUUCCCCGACAGGAUUGAUGAUUUGUACCUCGGGAAUCCCAUGGAUCCCCCUGACGUUCUGGGACUAGACCUCAGCGCUGCUCGACCCACACAGCUCCCAGGACGAGCUAAAAAGGAGCCUCCUCCCCGCCCUCCACAACCAGCAGUGUUAAUCAAGAAACCUUGCUAUGAUCCAGUAAAUGAGGAUGAGGAUCUGACUUCUGCAGGACUAAAGAGAUUAUCGCUCCGCAAAACAGGUUCCGUCAAAGGCCUCAAACUGAAACCUGCCGCAUGGGUCUCUGCAUCAAAACAGGGGGGCGGUCGGAUUUUAGGGCAAAACCCUAACAGUGAAGUGUCCCUCAUUGACUUUGGGGAGGAGUUCCCUCCACCCACACCCUCCCCGUCUCCUGUGGUGGAAAUUCAGAUCCCAUCGUUGGCAAAGUUGGUUUUGGAAGCAGAGAACAUCCUGGACCGUACUCCACCCCAGAGCCCCUCUAGAUCAUUACCCCGCCCCCUCCAUCCUACACCAGUAGUAGACUGGGACGCCCGACCAUUACCCCCACCCCCAGCUUAUGACGAUGUAGCCCAAGAUGAAGAUGAUAUGGAGGUGAGCUCCAUCAACAGCACAGAGCAGCUGCAUGGAGAGGAGCAGAGUGAAGUUUGUAACACAGACGAGGCUCUUCCCUCUGGACAGAAGGUAGAGGGUGAGACUCUGGUCUCCAGGGGUCCUGACAGACCCGGCCUCGAGGAUAAUCUCUUUCUUCCAACCAAACACAGUCAGGGUCUGUCCACAUCAUUCUCACAAUCAGCAGAAAUCUUUCAAGAACUUCAGCAAGAGUGCAUGAGGAGGCUUCAUGUUCCCGCUGUUGGCAAUGCUCCACCAAGUUCCUCUUCACAGACGUCGACCUCAUGUCCACAGACCCAGGACGGAUCCCAGCCCAGUGUCCUGUCCUCUGAGGACAAACCUCAGAUCCCUCCCCGUGUCCCCAUUCCCCCUCGGCCCAUGAAAAGAGGAGACUACAGCUCUGCCCGCUGGUCACGAGACCUUUCCCUGUCCCCCUCACCAGCUGAUGCCACAGAGGACGUUUCAUGCCAAGACCAGGACAGACCACCUCAAAUCCCACCUCGAGACCCUUUAUCUCAGCCGGGGUCCAGGACUCCCAGCCCCAUGGGUCUUGUAGUGGGCUCCCCUCAGCCAAGAGUCUACUCUGUCAGCCCCACGACCUCCUGUCCCUCCACACAUACCUACGGAUCCUACCUCUCCACCUCUCCAGGGAAACUCAUGCCUACAACACACAGCUUUGCCUCAGAUCCUAAAUAUGCUGCACCCAAAGUGAUCCAGGCCCAGGCACAAGGAAAGGACUCUAACAAGGGCCCCUGCAUCCUCCCCAUUGUCCGAGAUGGACGGAAAGUCAGUAACACCCACUAUUACCUUCUACCAGAGAGACCCCCAUACCUUGACCGCUACGACCGCUUUUUCAGGGAGGCAGAGAGCUUACCUGUCAGCGGCGUGGAGGAAAGGCAUGUGCGCCAAGCCAACACAGCCACUGUCAGACCGAUGGUGGUGAGCAGCCAGACGCUCCAGGGACACGCCCAGGGACAGGGCCUCGUCCAGCCCAAAGAACUGAAGGCUAAUUUCUCCUCCAACAAUAACAGCAGUCUGGGUGGGCCUCGGUCAGGGAUGAAGACAUCAGUUAGCCUCCCUCGUGUGUGUUCGGACGGGCUGACUGCACCUGUACUCCCUGCCUCCUGUACCAGGACAGACGGAGGAGGGAACUCAGCUGACAGGGUCAGGAUGGUGCAGGAGGCAGUUCAUGGUGUGACGAUAGAGGAGUGUCAGGCUGCACUUCAGAACCACAACUGGAAUGUCCAGAAAGCUGUGCAUUACUUAAAGGUGGAGCAGUUGUUCUGUUUGGGUCUGAGGACCAGGUCCGAGUGUCUAAAGCUGCUGGAGAUGUGUGACUGGAACCUGGAGGUGGCCAGCACUCAGAUGUUAGAUAACUAUGGAUCCACAACAAGACAGAGGCGGUGACAGAAGCUCUUUGAUUGGAACUUCAUUCUCCCUGAAAACAUCAUCAGAGGAGGUCAGUCUGCUUCCUGACCCUUCGUUUUUUUGGCUCCACGCGUCGCUUCAGAGGACUGUUAUUUAAAUACUGGAGAAUCAGGCACAUUUUCACUGAACUCGCACGGAACAGCGCACUUCAUUAUGCCUUCAUUCAUCCUUGUUAUGGGUACAGAAAUUUAGACAGUCAUAUUUUGAUGCGAGUUUGAAAGAAAUCAGAUUGUUGCACUUACUAGGGAAACGUAGCGCUCUAUCUACCAUCUGUCCAAAGUUGUUCCCAGAAAUGAUUGACACUGUACUCGUAUGUCUGAGCGUUUGGUGAACCUUGCUCAUGCUAGAAAUGAAACUGAGUGAAAGUGUUCACUUUAAGCAUCACUGACUCUGACCGCUGCCACACUCACUCUGUCAGAUUUACUAUCCGGUAGCCUCACUGCCACAGUCACACUGCUGACCAACAGAACCGAGACACAUCGAUCCGUUCUACUGUUGAUGUCAUUAAAAGUCAAGCACAAGAUGACUCGAGAUAAAAUGUGUAAAGUAGCACAAAAAAAAAAAAAAAAAAAAAAAAAAACGACAACAGCACUUUGUUUAAAUAUUCACAUUUUACCAAAAGGUCAUCUUUACGUCAGAUGUGCAAAGAACUGGUACAAUUUGACUGAAAACUGGUAUUAUUGAAUCUAAAUAUUGUACACUGUAUGUUUGGAGAGUUCUGUAAAGGUCAACCUCCUGUAUCUUUGGCUGGAGGAACUGCAGCACCGCUUAAUCGCAUUACAGCGAGAAAAAAAAAAAAAAAAAAAAUGCUAGUGUUUACCACAUUCAAGCACAACCAAAUUCGAAACUCUCAAAUAAUUGCAAAGUCAGAAAGUCAAGGGUGGUGAUAUAACCAUGUAGAUUUCUGCUGAAGGAUGUGGAGGAAAGUGAAAAUGUGCAGAAAACAAAUACUGUGUGGAAAACAUUUAUCUCGGUCAAAAAUGCUCCCCUUUUUCACCUCAGCGACGACGCAUUUAGGGGGAAAAACAUGCAGGCAAACCUCUUAAAAAUCCCUCAUUACUCUAUAAUUUAUAUUUAAAUGAUAUAGACCUUGUUUAUCCUUCAUGAAGAGACAUUUAUGUGUUUGUAGAAACAACUGUAUGAGCAGUGUGUUGGACUUUUUUUUUUUUGUUUUAUUAUAUAUGAAUUUUUAAUAUAUUGCAGAGUAACACUGCUUGUUUAUUCCUGGUCAGGAGGUUUAGAGACAGAUCUAUAACAACUGCCACAUGGGAUUGAAGAAAAACAUGGCCACCGAAUUUCCCGGAGCCUAGAUAAAAAAAAAAAAAUCUUUUAUUUUAUUCCUUCUUUCUAAGCACUUUGCCCCCCCAGAACUCCUGUGCAUCAGCUGAAAACUCCUGCCAACUUGGUAUUUUCUGCAUGCACUGUGACUACGUUGGCAGUUAAUAACGACAACGUAGUGAAAUUUACCCCCAGGCACGGAUCCUGUCCCAUAAUCAUCACUUAAAACCACAAUAGUGAUAUUAUGCUCAGCAGCUUUGGGGGCAAUCAUUUAAAACUCGGAGGAUGCGUCAGACCUGGCUGGACGUGACACCACAUUUUCUGACUGGAAACUGACACAGCAGAGCCCUCAAUUCCAUCUAAUGAGGCUUAAGACUCUAAACUUUUCUUUAUAGACUGUGGUAGAUUUCAUAAAAAC